CCUCACUGCAGAAGAUCGGUUGUUUCUUUUGCUCGCUCCGCUUGCGACCAUCCAGUUUCUUGAGAUGGCGAAGAAGGCAACGAAGAUCAGCGGGCCUCCCGCUCGCAAGACGAAGGUUGUCGGAAUCACCCAACAGGGCGCUGGCGAUCGUGCUACCGCUGCCUACAAUGAGCUGACCCACAAGGAUCAGACGGGACUGGACCAGAAGCUCUUGACAAAGAACGAGAACUCGUGGACCAACGAGCACCAGCGGCGCACCUCGGCAGCCACUGCUGUGGCCGAUGGAGCCACGAACACCACGAAGGGCAAGGGUAAAGGCAACGCGACCGUGGAGCCGCAGCCCAUCGCCCUGGACGAGCAAGACUGGUCCGCCACCAUUGCGCAGGCCUCCAAGAAGUUGCCCGACGACACCUAUGAGUCUUCCAUCUCCCUCCACAGCAUGGAGGAUGCGGAGAAGUGGUGCACGGCGCUACGGCGCCAGAAAGAGCCGCUUGCCAUCCUGGCUUUCGGCACGGGCAGCGCAAACUGGGCCCACUUGAAGAUCCAGAUCCCUGUGCUCCAGGUUCCUGACGGCACCUCCAACCCGCGGAAGACCCUUUUGAACGGCGUCAUCUACCAGUUCGGCGAGGCCGACGUCACCAUGAAGACCAACGUCACGCAGCUCGACAAAACGGAUGGCAACGCGCCCUCCAUGUGCACCACCGCCCACGAGGCCGACACGCUGCCCGUCAACCCCACCAUGAGUGAGGUCUUCAGCAGUCAGUACAGUGGCGCUGCCCCCGUAGCUGUCGGUGGGCAGCGCAGGGACAAGCUGGGCAGCACAGCCAACGAGUGUUGGGAGACUGCCCGCAAGUCCGAUGCUAAGAUCUCCAUGGGCACUGGGCUACACGACGUCAUCAAGUCUACCAUGCAGGCCAUAUGCCCCGAGAUUCCGUCCCACGACGAGCCCAGCCGCCUGCUGCGAGCAGGAGGUUUGAAAGUGGCACCCAACAGCACCAUCCAGUUGAACCAGGACCAGCUUCAGAGAAGUUUGGCUGCCAUCCUCAAGAAAAUGAAUCUCCAGGAGAAACACGCCGAUGCCCCCAGCAAGAAGACGCCGCGCACCAGCGACGACGGCAAGGGCAGCAAG